UAGGAUGAAUCACCUGACUGGCCAAUAGCUAUUGGAAUGACUGUCCACACAUGACUUUGCUGCACUGUUACAAAACGUGGCAGGAUAGACCUGCUGUGCCAUUGCUGCCGACGUUCAUUUGUAACACUGCCUUAAGGAAAUGAAGAGAUGACAGCAAAUUGUUCCAGCAGCUCAGCUUGCCCUGCCAACAGUUCGGUGGAGGAGUUGCCAGUGGGACUGGAGGCAUAUGGGAACCUUGAACUUGUUUUCACAGUGGUGUCAGCUGUGAUGAUGGGUCUGCUCAUGUUCUCUCUGGGAUGCUCCGUGGAGAUCCAGAAGCUAUGGAUGCACAUCAGGAGACCCUGGGGCAUCGCUGUUGGACUGCUCUGCCAGUUUGGGCUCAUGCCUUUUAUAGCGUAUCUCCUGGCCGUCAGCUUCUCUCUGAAGCCAGCCCAAGCGAUUGGUGUUCUCAUCAUGGGGUGCUGCCCAGGGGGAACCAUCUCUAACAUUUUCACCUUCUGGGUUGACGGAGAUAUGGAUCUCAGCAUCAGUAUGACAACCUGUUCUACAGUGGCUGCCCUGGGAAUGAUGCCACUCUCCCUUUAUCUCUACACCUGGUCCUGGAAUCUUAAGCAGAAUCUCACCAUUCCAUAUCAGAAUAUAGGAAUUACCCUUGUGUGCCUGACCAUUCCUGUAGCCUUCGGUGUCUACGUGAAUUAUAGGUGGCCAAAACAAUCCAAAAUCAUUCUCAAGACCGGGGUCAUUGUUGGUGGGGUCCUCCUUCUGGUGGUCGCUGUUGCUGGUGUGGUACUGGCGAAAGGCUCUUGGAAUUCAGACGUCACCCUUCUGUCCAUCAGUUUCAUCUUUCCUUUGAUCGGCCAUGUCAUGGGCUUUCUGCUGGCACUUCUUACCCAACAAUCUUGGCAAAGAUGCAGAACGAUUUCCUUAGAAACUGGAGCUCAGAACAUUCAGAUGUGCAUCACCAUGCUCCAGUUGUCUUUCACUGCUGAGCACUUAGCCCAGAUGUUUAUCUUCCCAUUGGCCUAUGGCCUCUUCCAACUGUUGGAUGGAUUUCUCAUUGUUGCAGCAUAUCAGACAUACAAGAGGAGAUUGAAGAACAAACACAGAAAAAAGAACCCAGAUUGUGCAGAAGUCUGCCAUAAAAAGAAAUCCACUUCUUCCAAAGAAUCCAGGACCUUCUUGGAGGUGAAUGAAGAAGCUGCCGUAACUCCUGAGCCAUCAAGGCUAAUGGAUCGCCACAGGGCUCUCGAGCCUGUCGGGCACAUCACUUCUUGUGAAUAGUGGGGACUUGCUGACCAGACUGGUCCCCUGUCUUCCUUGGGGCCAGUACAGGUGGCACAGAGCUGAUGCAUGAAUGUCAUUGGUGGGGACUGUGUGGAUAUUUAAGUGUCCAAUGUUAGAAUAUUUAUAUUUUUGUGUGGAUUGUGAAUUGUGAUAGGAUGGCAUUUGAGAAUGUUUUUGGCCCAUUUCAGGGAGUUCUUUUCAGGGUUUUACACAACAUAUUUACUAGUUGUUGUGUGUGUUCCUGUCUUCCCAUGUAGCGAAUAGUGCCUGGAAGUAGGAAAUACCUUCAUUAUGUGAAGUCACCCCUCACAUUGUGCAUUUUUAUCUAACAAGAGUUAGGACUCAAAUAGAGGAGACGUCACCUCAUACUGCAGGGCAAGGCACAUGACUUCUUGACUUUGGGUGGGUCCUUUGGAGCGCUGGGAAGGAAACACACAGCUCUUUAUAAUAAAUGGGGCCCUUUUCUCAAAUGAUUGUUAAUUUUUAAGGACUUAACAUCUUUUCUGAUUAUAAAUGUAAUAUAUCUUAGAGGGAAUUUAAAGAAUAUAUGAGGUAAAAAAGUGAACGCCCUGUAUUUUCAUUCCCUAGAGACAGACACAUGUAGAUACUUCUAAUCUAUGUAUAUACCCCGCACCAUGUUAAAACCAUUGAGAUCAUUCCUUAUAUACUGUUGUGUAAGUCACUUGAUGACAUAUUAUGGAAUAUCUUUACAUGUCAGUCUGUGUUGACCUACCUCAUUCUUUAGAACAGUGGCUAUGUAGAAGUAUCCCAUUGCAUGGAAGGACUGUAAUUCAUUGAACCAAUCCUUAUUCAUGGGCAUUGAGAUAGCUUUCAACUCAUCAGUAUUACAGUGCUGCUACAACCACCCUUGCCCUUGGGUGAGUAUUUCUGUAGGCUCACUAACUCCGACUUGACUUGCGUUGCCAGGUGAGCGCUGGUUGAGAUGUUGGACAGAUUAUUCUCUAGUGAUGUUGGACAGCAGUCCACAGAGGGCCUGAUUUCCCAGUCUCACCAGUCCAAGGAAUGAUCAAUUUCGAUUUGUUGAAACAUCUCAUUUAAAAUUACAUUAAAAAAAUUAUGAGUGAAGCAGAGCUUUCUUUUAUGAUGAUUUGCCUAUUCAUGUCCUUUGCCUACUUUUCUAUUGUAUUUUUUCCUUUUUGAUUUAUAGAUUUAACGCAACGAUAGGGACUAUGUUUUUGUCCAGUGUAUUGUCAACAUUUUACCUACUGUCUUUUAU